AGGGGGGCGAACAGGGGAAUAAGUAUAAAAAGGCAAUGUGAAUUAUUGUAAAAGCAUCAGUUUAAGAUCUGAUAUUGUCAGAGAAAAACUAGCAGCAUGCAGUUGUUCAAUAUUGCCUUGGUCUUCGGCGUCGUGGCUUUCGCCAGCGCUUGUUCUCAAACUCCCGGAACAACCACCACCACUGUGACCACCACCGUCACUACCGUCACCGCCGAUGAUGAUGGUGAAGUCGGCCUGUUGACCGCCAACGAGCGUGGCAUCAUCCGCAAGACCUGGGACCAGGCCAAGAAGGACGGUGAUGUUGCCCCCAGGAUUCUCUUUAGUUUCAUCAAGGCCCACCCCGAAUACCAACAGAAGUUCACGUCCUUCGCUGAUGUUCCCCAAGCUGAACUGAUGGGCAACGGCAACUUUUUGGCUCAGGCCUACACCAUCUUGGCCGGUUUGAACGUCGUCAUCCAGUCCCUGUCCAGCCAGGAACUCAUUGCCAACCAAAUCAACGCUCUCGGAGGUGCCCAUCAACCCCGUGGAGCUACCCCCAUUAUGUUCGAGCAAUUCGGUGCCGUCGCUGAGGAAGUCCUUGCUGAAGAGCUCGGCAGCGCCUUCAAUGCUGAGGCCAGACAAGCCUGGAAGAACGGUAUGCGCGCUUUGGUUACUGGCAUCACCAAGAACCUCAAGAAAGCCGAAGAUUUGGCUGAUCCCCAGACCAAAUUGACUCCCCACCAGAUUCGCGAUGUUCAAACCAGCUGGGAGAACAUCAGGGGCGACCGCAACGCCAUGGUUUCCGCCAUCUUCAUCAAGCUCUUCAAGGAGACUCCCCGUGCCCAGAAGCACUUCCCCAAGUUCGCUAGCGUUGCCAUCGACGCCUUGCCCGAGAACGGUGAAUACAACAAACAAGUUGCUUUGGUCGCUGACCGUCUCGACACUAUCAUUUCCGCCAUGAACGAUAAACUGCAGCUGUUGGGUAACAUUAACUACAUGCGUUACACUCAUCAACCUCCUCGUGCCAUCCCCCGUGAACGUUUCGAGGACUUCGCCCGUCUCCUUCUUGACGUCCUGAGCUCCAAGGGAGUCACCGCUGACGAUAUGGACUCGUGGAAAGGCGUCCUCAACAUUUUCGUUGAUGGGGUUUCACCUAGGCAGUAAGCCACCGGUGAUGUAAUCGCAAUUUCGUGAUUUUCCUAUGAUGACUAUUUGGCUCAUUUUUGGUUAAAGUUGAAAUAAAACCGUAACCAAUUGAA